UGGUACAAGUUUGCCCGUUCCUCAUUUCUGAAGCCGCCAAAGCCACCGCUGCGCCUCCUUUUGCCUUCGCUUGCUCCGGAUUCCAGCGCCGCCCAACCAGCCGCGCCAUUGCUUCCACUCCCCAUCGCCACGGCAGCGUCCUCCGAACCCCAGUCCGCUGCCGCGCCGACGCCCCAUCACCGGCGCUGCAAUGCUGUUGCCUCCCUAGGGUUCCAAGUUGAAGAUCCCCUGGAUCGUACUAUCGCGGCGAGGCGAUGGCCGGCGACGAGGUGAAGCCCCCUCGUGGCGAGGAGCUGCGGCCGGCGCCGCUGCCCGAGGAUGUGCUCGCAGAAGUCCUCCGCCGCGUCCCACCGCGCUGGAUCGCCACCUCCCGCUGCGUCUGCACGGCCUGGCGCGACGCCAUCGAUGCGCGCGGCCUCCUGCGCGCCGACCUGCUCCCGCUCUCGCUCUCCGGCCUCUUCAUCCACUUCGACGAUCACAAGUAUCCCGAAUUCCUUGCCCGCCCCUCCUCUGCGUCUGGCGCCCGCGCCAUCAGCGGCAACCUCAGUUUCCUGCCCUCCGCCACCCCUCAUGGCGGCACUAUAUGGGACGACGACUGCGAUGAUUGGCGUGACUAUAACAUCGAUGAUCACUGCAAUGGGCUCCUCUUGCUUCACGGUAACCGGGUGGUUAACCCUGCCACCCGAUGCUGGAGUGCUUUGCCACCGUGCCCUGCUCCCAAGGAUGGCACAGGAAACGUGUGGUACAGUGGGCAUCUGGUCUAUGAUCCGAUGGUAUCACCGUACUACGAGGUGUUUAUGACCCCCCAUUUGGAUGACUAUCAUUCUGAAGAUGAGGUUGACCCCUCGAUGGAGGAAUCUGAAUGGCCACCAUCACAAUUAAAGAUAUAUGUAUUCUCAUCAAAGUCGGGUUGUUGGAAGGAGAAGUAUUUUUUUCGACAAGGGGGUGCUACAGGGAUUGUCAGUGAGAGGCACAUGGGUUACAAGCGAUCCAAUGGCGUCUAUUAUCGAGGAGCACUUUACGUACUCUGCAGUGUUUAUUUAAUUAUGAGGAUAUCAUUGUCUGAUAAUACGUACAGUGUAAUUAAACCACCUGUCAUGGAUACCAGAGCACACGACUAUCCUUGUGUCGAUAUUGUUAGAUCAAAAAAGGGGGUGUACUUUGUGGCAUUUGAUAGGUACUGGCCUCAGCGUAAGUGUUGGCUUGGUGUUUGGAUCCUCAAUGAAUCAUGUGGUCAGAUGGGGUGGAUGUUGAAGCAUGACAAAGACCUUAAGGAUGCGCUAGCACAUCACCGAUAUUGUGGACGACUUCAUUGGAUCUUAGAAGAUAUUAACUAUAACCUGUUUUGUUCUUCUAGUUUCCUAGAAGGCAACAAGAAAGCAACCACUGAGGAGAUUUUUGAAUGGAACUCUGACGAUGAUGUUGAAAACGAGAACUUGGUUAAGCAUUGUUGCUUAGAAGACAACAAGAAAGCAAUAAUUGAAAAGAAAUUGGAUUGGAAGUACAACAAUCGUAAUGUUGUUAACAAUUGUGAUAUGGUUGAAGAGUGUCACUGGGGUGAAGAGCAUUAUGAUGAUUCAUAUGAUGAAGACAUUGAGAUACUUGGGUUUCACCCAUACAAAGAGAUUGUCUUCUUGAGUAGUACACCAGAGUGGACAGCACUGGCAUAUCAUUUGAAUGGCUUCAAGAUUGAAGAAUUAGGGAAUAUAUACCCAAAUGAUUAUGGUCAUUUCAAACAGUUAAGUAAUGAACAGGAGAGGAUCAAAUCUUUUCCAUACACCCCAUGUUGGAUUGAAGAGUUACCUAGGAACAAUUAGUCUAGAAAUUCAUCUCACAUACAAGCCUAUUUUAGUUGCCAUCUAUUUAAGAGAUGUAUAAGAAAUGACUUGCACAAGAUGUUUGUGUCAUCUAUUUUUAUGUAAUGUAUAUGUAAGGAUUGGUCCAUUUCUAUUGAAAAAGA